GCAAAUGGACUCUGUGCUUCUUCCAACCGGUAUAAGCUUUGAGAAAUGAUUUACUGACCAAUUUGUUGUCAAAAUGAUUUUUUGUACAAAGGUGAAAUUGGGAGGUUUUUUAUCAGAUGAUAUUGUUUAUUAGUUUAUUAGAAAUUUAUUGAGUAUUGAACAAAAAUUUCUAAUUAACAAAAGAUAGCAAGUUCUGCACUGCAUCAAGAACUCAGGAUGUUAUAAAAUUAUAAUAAAUUAUAAUCUAAUCUCAAUAAUUUUCAUAAUAGCAAAAUUGUUUAUAUAUUAUAUAUAUUCAAAUGGUAGUUGAUAUUUAAAAGAUUUUUAAUCAAACACAUUCUCCAUUGAUAAAAGAUAAAAUUAUAUACAUAAUGUAAAUAGCUAUUCAUAAUUAAUUGCUAAAGGUAAUGAAUUACUUACAUAAGACAGUUUUUUAAAAUUUAUAAAAUUUAUAUAAUAAUAUUCAAAUUACUUUUAAGCAUAGUAAACUUGAUUCUCCAUACUUUCAGUGAACUUUUUCAAGAGAUUAAUUUAUUUUGUUUAAAAUUAUUUAUUUACAAAAAACUAUUUAUUUUUUACACCUCUAUUUAUACUUAACUAACCAUCAAAUAAAAUGAAACUGUUUUUGAGAAAAAAAUAAACAAAAAAACAACAAUUUGUUAAAAUCACAUAAUAAUCGUUUACAAAAUUAAAUUUCUUCGGAUUCCAAUCAAAUUCUAGACGAUUUGGAGACCGCACCCUCUUCAGCUCUCAAAAGAAAUCCUAUCGUCUGCCCAUGCUAAUAUAACCUUAAAGUACAUUCACUUUUUUCUUUCACACAGUUAACAAUAUCACAACAUGUAUACCUACAGCUUGCACAUACAUUUUUUUAUAAAACAUUAGUUGAACCUAUCCAUAUAAAUUUAGAUUACUAAUUUCGCAAGUCUGCACCAAAAAUGGAUUUUUUACACGAGGAAAGCAGAACACGUGCUGAUUCUACUUAUUGUUAGUGUAAACAUAGUUGUAAAAUGACGAAGCCGGUGUGUGAAAAAACAAAAUGGAAAAGGCAUCAUGAACCGUGGGAAUGGAAAUGAACCAUACGUAGUUAUUUUUUUAUUUUUGGAUAUUACCAGUUUCGCAAUGCUAUUUUUGAAUAACGUGGCAGCAGACGAACAGCAUCUCCUUGCUUCUACCGACAAAGGGAAUAUCGACAACAAUCAAUGAUUAUUUACAAUGUAUAAAAUGUAUGAAUUAGACAUAUCAAGAGACUCUGGUACCUUAGGGUCAGAAAGCAACAGUUCUAGUCAUAUACCCAGUGCUUAUUACUCAACUAGGACCAGUUUGGGUCAUGAAAAUUUUACAACGGAAGCUUACAACGAAUAUGAUGAUAGUAUAUCACUUAAUCAAUUAGUAACUAAUGAAAAGAAAAUUAUGGAAAGAAAUAAAACAGAGGAAACUAUGCCUGAUGGAUCUUGCACUGACCUAGACAAGGCAAUCCAUAGGGGUAGAUUAGAUUCCUAUUAUGAUGCUGCAUCUAGUUUAUACUUCCGUGAUGGGAUUAAAUCAAUAGAUUUUGUGCUUGUUUGGGAUGAAUUAAAUCAAGAAGCAUCUACUUAUCGCUGUGCUGAAAUGAGAAAGACUUUCGAGAUACAUUUAGAAAGAGAAGGCCUACAAUUAGAAUAUGAAUGCGACGAGCCAAACGGAUUGUGCUUUAUAAAAAUUACAACCACCAAGGAAGUUCUACGCCGUUAUUCAGAAAUUUUAAAACUACGAAUGCCAAUGCAAGAAGUGCCAGGCUUACAGCUAGUUCCCACUCGCCAAAUGACAAUUUUGCAGGAGGUGAAUUCGUUUUUUCGUCGACUAAUGGAUAAAUACUACGUCGAUCCGACAAUUUUUCCACCAAUGAAGCAUAAAUUUACCGCAGUUUACAGUCGUGACAAAGAGUACCUUUUUGAUAUCAACUCGCCAGAUUUUUUUACUCAAGCCAUUCGCUCGAGGAUCGUACAAUUCAUUUUAGAUAGGACGAGAUUUACAUUAGAUAAAGAGGAUGAUUUCGCAUUCGGCAUAGACCGAUUAAUUACCGAAAAGGCCUAUUCUGCAGCUUAUCCAUUACACGAUGGGAACUUAAAGUCACCGGAUUCGAUGCGUUAUCUCUUGUAUACGGAAUGGGCGAGCUUGCAAAAAAUGCUUCACUACCAGCCAUUGGACUACAUCAAGGAAUACUUCGGCGUGAAAAUCGGCUUGUAUUUUGCUUGGCUAGGUUUCUACACUCACAUGUUACUUCCAGCAAGUAUCGUCGGCCUCAUUUGCUUUGGUUACAGCUUAAUGACCCUCGACUCAAACGAGUUGAGUCGCGAAAUUUGCGGAUCAAAUCAUACGAUGUGCUCGCUGUGCGAUAACUUUUGUAGCACUUGGAGUUUGAAGGACACAUGCUUUCACUCGAAGAUCACUUACUUGUUUGACAACCCGUCAACGGUUUUUUUCGCCGUGUUCAUGUCUCUGUGGGCUACUUUGUUUUUGGAGUUAUGGAAAAAUUACUCGGCAGAAAUAACUCAUCGAUGGGAUCUGACUAGUCUAGAUAUUCACGAGGAGCAUCCUAGGCCAAAGUACUUAGCUCGACUAGCUCACGUCAAAAAGAAAUCCGUUAAUUUUGUGACCAAUGCCGCGGAACCUCGAGUGCCGUUCUGGAAAGUUAGACUACCUGCUACUAUUUUCAGCUGCUCAGUCGUGCUUCUGUUGAUUACAGUGGCGAUGGCAGCUGUGUUAGGAGUAGUUUUAUACAGAAUGUCCGUUUUGACAGCAUUUUACAGUAUCUCAGAUAAGAAACACAAUAAAAUGGUAACUAGUUAUGCUAUCAUUUUGACUACAGCCACAGCAGCGGGAAUCAAUCUUUGUUGCAUCGUUGUUUUCAACUGGCUGUACGUUUGGAUUGCAGAAUAUUUGACAGAGAUAGAACUUCCUCGUACACAGACUGAAUUUGAUGAUAGUCUGACAUUGAAAAUCUACUUACUAGAAUUUAUUAACUACUAUGCCUCAAUAUUUUACAUUGCGUUUUUUAAAGGGAAGUUAGUCGGUUAUCCUGGAAAGUACAAUCGUUUUCUUAAUAGUCGCCAAGAAGAAUGUGGGCCAGGCGGGUGUUUUUUGGAGCUGUGUAUUCAACUUGGCAUAAUCAUGAUUGGAAAACAGGCUGUGAAUUCAAUCUUAGAAAUGUUGUUUCCUUUAUUUCAAAAGUGGAUGAAUACUUUAAGGGUUCAAGUAGGAUUACAAAAAUCAAGCCCAUCGGAGAAAAACUUAGCGAGAAUGCACCUUCAGUGGGUUGCAGAUUAUAAACUCGUUCAGUGGGGUCCUCGAAGUUUAUUUCCUGAAUACUUAGAAAUGGUUUUGCAGUAUGGAUUUGUAACUAUUUUUGUUGCUGCUUUUCCUCUUGCUCCAUUUUUCGCUCUCUUAAAUAACGUCUUAGAAAUGCGAUUAGAUGCCAAAAAAUUACUUAUCAUGUAUCGUCGACCCGUAAGUCAGAGAGUUCGAGAUAUCGGUGUCUGGUAUAAAAUUUUAGAUUCAGUUUCAAAAUUCUCUGUAAUUACUAACGCUUUUAUAAUAGCUUUUACGUCUAAUUUCAUUCCUCGCCUCGUCUAUCGCAUUGCCGUAUCAGAAGAUCAUACAUUGAACGGCUUCGUAGAAAAUUCUCUUUCUAAAUUCAAUACUAGCGAUGACCCUGAACAUUAUAAUGAAACUAUUAUUUGCCACUAUCCAGAUUACAGAGAACCACCGGAUUCAUCAGACAAAUAUCAAUACAAUCGCUUAUUUUGGCAUAUUCUUGCAGCUCGUUUAGCUUUCGUCGUCGUUUUUGAGAAUAUCGUUGCUGUGGUAAUAAUUAUUAUGCGAUGGUGCAUUCCGGACAUGAGUUCGAAAUUAAAAGACCAAAUUCGUCGCGAGACUUAUAUAACGAAUGAGAUUAUAAUUCAGCACGAGGCAAUGCGUACAUGUUAUCCACAAGUCGAGGAACCUGUGACACAAACUCACUUAUCUGAUCAUGAAAGUGCAGAUCGUUGGAAUCGCGUGCUAAGAAAUUCUCUGACGACUUUUGACUUCGAUUUAGAAGUUCACGGCAGUCCAAUGUCACCGGCAGCUAAUCAACCGAAAACGGAACCUGUAGAACUUUAGAAUAUCGAAAUAAUGAUAUUUAAUAUUGAGAUGUACAUUUGUCUCUAUAUGCUUUUUUUAAUAGUUUGAGUUUUAUCGAUUUACAAAGAUUUAUAUAUUGACUAAGAGUUUCAAGAAUCUCAAUGUUGAUCAUUUAUAUUAAAUCUAUAUCGUUUGUUAACUAGGAACCUUUCACUCAGGUUCUUUUGACUAUACCAUUUUAUAAUUGUUCCUCAAAGAAACUGUCAACAUCGCAUCACAUCUUUUUGUGAUGCUUUAAAUUUACAAUGUCUGUGAUUUUACUUGAAUGUUCAAUGCGUUUACAAAAAAAAACUAUGCUACUUAAAAAAAAAAGUUUUCAAAUAAAACAAACAAAAGAAUCUCGAUAUUCUUAAUAAAAAUAAAAUAAUCGUAUAUAGUUUGUCAUUCAUUUCGUAUUUAUGUACAUGCGUUAAUUGUUUCAUAACAAAUCUCUCCAGAGCGAUAAGCGUAUAAUAUACCUUGCACACGUUAGCGAUAAAAAAGAAGAAACCACACACUUUCAGUCUAUGCGCAUAUA